CCACCUGCUGGACCUGCGAGCGCUGAUCGUACAGCUCGACUACCCGCCAUGAACGACAUCUACGCCGCCUUCAGCGAGCAGCUGCAGCGCGCUCAACAAGGCGAGGUCGACCUCCUGUCGGACCACGACGGCCUCCUCACCCGCUGGGGCCAGCUGUGCGACGCUCAGCUCCAGGCCUACUCGAACGACCUCGACAGCGAGGCAGUCGAGACGUGGACCCUCGAGCGCAACACUUGGGCCCUCGUCCAGACCCUGUACACCGAGCGCCUGAGCGACGCCCCGGCCGUCCCAUCGUCGUCCAAGAACCCGUACACGCCGCCUCAAGUCGUCGCACAGCGCUUCAUCGAGGGCGACAAGCCUCUUGUCGAGCUCUCGGCCAUCCGCGACUGGCUCCACGACCCGUUGUCGGUCCGCCCUGCCGAGAUCCGCCGCGGGUACCUCCCCGACACCAAGGCCCAGCUCAAGCAGCUCCGUCGCACGGGCGCCAAGCCGCCCAAAGGCCUCGUCACGGCCCUCGACCCGGACUCGCUCGUGCGCGCCCGCGCGUCGGACGAGGGCGCCCGCCUCGAGCACAACGACGCCGCGUACGAGCGCGCGCUCCUGCGUAGCCUGUUCGAGUACGUUCGCGCCGGCGAGCUCGACUGCGCGAUCGACCUGUGCCGCCAGUCGGACCAGUCGUGGCGCGCCGCGAGCCUGUCGGGCGGCAAGCUGUGGUUCGACCCGGUCCUCGCGCCGGACGACGAGGACGACGACGACUUUGCGAUGCUCGACGGCCCCGAGCGGGACAGGAGGGUGCAGGGCAACGCCAACAGGAGGCUGUGGAAGACGAUGUGCAGGAAGCUCGCCGCGACUACUACCCUCGACCCAUACGAGCGUGCCCUGUACGGCGCCCUGUCGGGCGACGUCGCGUCGGUCCUGCCCGUCUGCAGCACGUGGGAGGACGUCGUGUGGGUGCACGCCAACGCCCUGUUCGAGUCGCACGUCGAGGCCGGCCUCGCGAGUUCGCCCUCGGGCCGCUACUUCCACCGCGGCACGGUCGCGCCGCUCGACCCCAAGACGACGACGCUCGACCCGGAGGACCCGCUCGUCGGCUCGGCGGCGCAGGGCAAGUCGGUCCGGCAAGAGCUCGAGGACGUGUUUGAGCAGCUCGUGAGGAGCGACCGCGCCGAGCUCGCCAUGGCGGCCAAGAACCCGUUCCACGUCAGCCAGGCGUACCUCAUCGUCGGCAAGGUCGAGUCGCUCCUCGAGACUUUCGUCGAGCGCCUCGAGGCGGCCGCCAACGAGACUGAGCCUGAGACCCUCGCCCACCUCCUCCGCUUCUUCUCGCACCUCAUCCUCGUCCUCCGCCUCCUCGAGCAGCCACUGCCGGCCUACGCCGCCAACCGCAUCCUCGAGGCCUACGUCCAGGUCCUCGAGGCGCACAACCAGGACGAGAACCUCAUCGCCUACUACGCGAGCAACCUCGAGCAGCAGAGCGCCGUCGAGAGCUAUGCCCGCUUCCUCCUCACUUUCGGCCCCGACUCGGACGUCAACUCGCGCCACACCGCGCUCCGCAAGUCGCGCGAACACGGCCUGUCGCUCCCGUCGAUCGCGCGCCGCACGGUCGAGCUCGUCCUGUCGUCGUCGCUCGCGAGCUCGCCGCCGUCGGGUGUCGCGCCGCACGCGCGCAUGAUCGAGGCGUUCGCGCGCGUCGAUGCGGCACAGAUGGAGCUCAUUCGGAGCCUCGAGUGGUUGACGGCCGAGGAGGAGACGUACGAGGACGCGAUCAAGGAGGGGAACGCGCUCGCGAGGUGGUUCCUCUCCACGGACGCCCCGCACGCCGCCCGAGAGCUCCUGCGCCGCCUCCCAGCCGACCUCCUGUCGGCGCUCGCGGCCGCGCCGGUCGGCGACAGCUCGGCCGUCCAGCUCGACAUCCGCGAGCACCUUGACUACGUCGCGCUGUUCAACUGCCUCGAGCUCCAGGCGAGGUGGGCCGAGGCCUGGGCGAGGAGGCCUGCUGCGAGCGCCAACAAGCUCGAGGUGGCGCAGUACCGCGACCUCAUCUCGGCGCACGUUGACGACUUCUACAAGGCGACGCUCGAGCUCCUCGAGGGCGAAUGGCUCAAGCUCGAUGGCCUCGACGCUACUGUCGAUGCGGCAGCCUCUCGCCGUGAAGCCGAGCUCGCCCGCAUCCGCCGACUCGUCGUCCCCGAUCUCGUCUUCCGCCUGCACCGUGCCCUGUUCGAGACCCGGACGCUCAUCCCUUCCAACCUCUCUCGCGCGCUCGCCCUCCCCAACCUCGUCGCCGAUGAGCGCCACGAGCUGUACCGCGAGUUCAUCCCGGUGCCUGGCGCGGGAGCGGGCGCACUCGGCAUCGAGGCGUACCUCGACGAGGUGCGCGUUGCGGCACUCGCGAGCCUCGAGAUGGGCAUGGGCCCGGUUGGUGUCGGACCCACGGUGGGACGGUAGCGGACGAGCAGAAGGGCUGCAAAGAGACCUUGAGCCG